AUGGCAUCGAAAUGUAGAUUCAACAGCAGUUCUACGCUCAGCAAGUGCGGCGGGAGACAUCUACAUGUUCGACCUACCCGCCAAAAACUCAUAUUGUCCCCUCAAUGCCGACAUUUCACAGCUCCUUCAACUCUCUCAUCUCCUGGAGAAUCCAGCUGGGCGCGAAAACCCCCAGUGCCCUUCUUCACGAGCAACCAAUCGCUGAGCGGGUCUUACACCACAUACAAAGUCCAACAUCUACGCUCCCAGACCCUUUCUCAGCACCGUCUGAACCACGGAGAGCGAGAAUGGCCACCAAGCGUGUCCCUCGAACACUAUAAACCCAUCCCACCGCUCACACUCGGCACGACGCUCAAAGUGUAUGCGCAACUGUCCAAGGCGCGGUUAACCGUACUCGUCGUUCUUACUGCAAUGUCUGGCGUUGCACUCUCCCCUUUACCAGUCGGAUUGCCUGUUCUCCUCGGAACAGCACUCGGCACGACGCUGUGCUCUGCCGCGGCGAAUACAUUCAACCAGAUAUCAGAGGUGCCGUUUGAUGCCCAAAUGGCUCGUACACGCAAUAGACCACUAGUACGAAAAGCCAUCUCGCCGUUCCAUGCCGCAUGUUUCGGUGCCGCUACUGGCAUCGCUGGUCCAGCGAUCCUAUUAGCCUAUGCGGGACCAGUGACGGCAGCACUAGGGCUAGGGAAUAUCUUCUCUACUCUGGACUCUACACCGCGCUCAAGCGGCGGAGUGUAG